AUGAAGCCAACUAUUCCCAUUACUAGCAACAUAAUCUUUCCUGAUGGAGAGAGAUAUGGAGAAGCAAUGGCAGAGACACCACAGACUGGUGCUGGUUCCAUGUCCAUUCCAAGGCCAUAUAAAUAUGAUGCUUCAAUUGGGGUAAGCAGUGGCAAUGCUACCAAUUCUCUGACUUACACCGCAAUUCCUCAACUCCUAAAACAUGGUUGCAUUUCUAUGCAAGAUUAUAUUGCUGGAACUAGCACCGGGGCUUCAACCUCUCAGAUUCAAGGAUCUACCAAUUUCAAAAAUAUAGAGUACUUACUGCAGCUAACAAUAGCUAAAGCAUGUGAGACAAGAACGUCUUCAGCCAUCAUUUGGAACACCAUGGACUGCCUUGAACGAAGAUUACUGCUCCAUCAGUACCCAGCAGCUUACUGGAAGAGGACACUAGCUGCAUCACACGGCUUGAUAAGCAAACGUACACAUGACUCUGUCAUCUAUGUAAGUUUAGGGAGCAUAGCAUCCAUGGACAAGAAAGAGCUAGCAGAAAUGGCAUGGGGUCUGGCCAGCAGCAAGCAACCUUUCCUGUGGGUGGUUCGGAAUGGAAAGAAUCACUGCCAGAAGGUUUCAAAGAAGCCGUUGGAGGAAGGAGUUGCAUUAUGA